AUGCUAGUACCUAGACCCUACUGUCGACUUGCGCUAUGGAUGUUACUAUACAUGAUCCUAGGUGGCUAUUUCUUCUCGCUUCCAUGCAGUCCGUCACAAUUGGCUCGCACACCCAAAUACCUACCUACAGACUUCUCUCCUGUCAAUGACACUUUACUGCAUGACUGUUCACGACUCCCUCAAUCUUUCUAUCCAGAGAAGACCAUCUAUAACCUGAGAUCGAACACUUCACAGGAUCGGUACAUUUUCAAACGACUACUAUCCUCUGGCUUUGAGGGAUCCGUCAGUAUCUACAAUGACACCACCACGAAUCAAGAAGUCGCCAUAAAGUCCUUUUACACACAAAGAAGUCCUCUCCGCAAUUCUCUUCCAGAAGCAGCAAUAUCACUAUUCGGAGAAACCAAAUGGCCAACAGAGUUAGAAUUCAUGCUGUUGCACGCAAACCAAGUACACAAACCCACCACCACGAUUAACGGCACCGUGAACAUCCUUGAUUACUUCAUCCUCAAAAACGGAUCAUCACGGAAAUGGCAACUAGUAACCCCGUACUACCACCACGGUACUCUACUCGAUGCAGGCCCCAGAUUUCUCCAUCUCCUAGCCUUGCAAAGCAACUCCACAACCUCAGCCAUGGAUAGAAUGUUCAGACCCUCCUUCUCCGCCCUUCUCAGCACACUCACAACCCUGCACUCCGUCAAUUUCUGCCACGACGAUAUUAAACCCGCCAACAUCUUCAUCUCGGAAGAUCCUCUUCAUUGGCUCCUCGGAGACUUUGGCAAUGUGAGGGAGAAGCAGCAUGUUUACCAUCAGAGUAAGGUCUGGAAGCAGCAGAAUCAAUGGGAGGAUUGUGAGGAAAAUGAUGAAAGGAGACUGAGGAUGGUGUAUUUGUCUUUUUUGCGGAGUCUUCAUAAUGAUACUGGGCAGUUUGACAGGGAGUUUUUGGAAAAGAGGGAGGGGUGGACGAGGGUGUAUUGGGAUUUUAUGGAAAGCAAUGGAGCGGCCCAGACCUCCGAAGAUAGCGGAUUGGCAUGCAGGAGCGAUGUGCAGGGGAGUAAGAGGGGUAAGGAAGUGCCACGGUAUGCACCUGCUAGACUGAUAUUUUCUGCCAAACAGGCUGCGAAAGUGCAGGUGGAUAAGGAGUUGCAUUGUUCUUUCCGCACUUGGUCGGGACGAUUGUUGGACAGGGUUGUGUUUCUGCGUUGA